UUAAUUGCUACUUUGGCAUGGUUGUGUUAGCUGUUUCGAUUCAUCAGAUGGAAAGAGAUACCGGAAAAACUAGCUGUCCUGCAGAAUCAAAAUAAACAAUUCAUAAUAUAGUUUGUAGCACGGGCAACUGUUUCGAUAUAGAUUAGAUUCUGGCGCUCAAAUACUGCAUAACUCGUGACAGUUGGACAGUCUUUAACGCACAGAUCAGAUUGACCAUGAACAUGGCAAUUUUUCGUACUUUAACUUUUUGUUGUUUUAUUCUUGGUAUAAGAGGACAGAACACUGGUUGUGUAGAACAAUCUCUUGUAGGGAGAAACAAUCUGAGUAUACCUGACAGCAGUUAUGAUGCCUCAUCGCAUUUUGACUAUCGAUACGCAGCCCAUAACGCUAAGCUAUAUGGUAAAAAUGGAUGGGCACCAAGGUAUAGUAGUAAUCCUGGUAAUUACCUACAGAUUGACCUCGGUACGCUACGUGUUAUUACUGCUGUAGCAACACAAGGAAAUGGUGGUGAUCCAGAUAGCGUGCAACACAAAGAAAAAUAUGAGUGGGUGAUAAGAUACAAGAUAAAUUACUCGGAUGACUCGUCAAACUGGAUCAGAUAUAAAGACGAAAGCGGUACACAGAAGCUCUUCAAAGGAAACACCGACUCUAACAGUGUAGUACGUCAUGAUCUUACAAACCCUCAACUGGCCAGGUACAUUAGAUUUGUACCAGUGGAAUAUCAUAGAUGGAAAACAAUGAGGGUCAAUGUUUACGUUACUAACCAGGAACCACCUCUUGUGCACUUUAUUCCUUACAAACGUUCAAUCAAUUUGACAUGGACGUACGAAAAAUGCAGCCCUACUUACCACAUCACUGGAUAUCUAGUGAAAGUGGAAAACAGAAACUUUAGAGUUAUUGGCGAUGAUCGGAGAUAUGCUGUGACCAACUUAAAGCCGUACACUGAAUACAGUGUCUCAAUAAAGGCCGUCACGCAAGUAGGAUAUGGAGCAUGGAGUAACGUCACAACAAUCAAAACUGCUAUUGCAGAACCCGAAUCGAUUCCUUCUUUAAAUGCUACAGAAACGUCAUCUGAAACAAUUGUUCUCAAAUGGAAGCUUCAAAAGUCGGAGUUUAUUCACGGGCCGCUCUGGGGAUACAGAAUAACCUAUACACCACAAGGAGGAAAGACUAAAAUGAUUGAGGUGAGUGAUGUUGGAAACUAUACUCUGACGUCACUACUCAAGUAUACAACUUAUAACAUCACUAUAGCAGUCAGAAACACUAAGUACACUGGUCCACCAAGUAAUGAGCAAAGAGUGACAACAAUGGAGGAUGGUGAGAUAUUAAAAUAAGCCGCAAAAACAGUGCAAAAAACAUCUGUAUACACCGAAUCCAAUUACGCUGACAAUUCUCAAGAUAACUAAUGUUUUGGACUGACUAACCUCGUGUUCACGUGGAAACAUAUAAAAGCGUUUUCACAU